AGGAUUUAGAGAGUGAUCAGAGAAUGCAAUAUAUAACUUCUUUGCUCUUCAGUUGCUUGUGUCUCUGCCUGACAGUAGCUCAUCAGCACCUUAUGAGCCCUUGUGUUCUCUUCUGUCUGUAAGGGAACAAAGACAAGCAGCCAACAUGACUGAAAACAAAAGAAUGUCCAUGAGUCGGAAACACAGCCUGAAGAGCUUAAUGCUUCAGGUUGCAAAAGACUUGUUAGAAGCUGAAGCUGAAGAGAAAGUACAAGAGAGAAAGAGGUACAUGGAAGAGCACUGUCCUCCUCUUCGUUUACCCAGCAGCAAGGAAGAGUUACAGGUACUGUGCAGAGAUCUCCAUGAAAAGAUUAUUGUUAUUGAUGAAGAACGAUACAAUCUGGAACGCAAAGCCAAUAUGGUUGUGGAUGAAGUUAAAGAUUUGAAUAUAAAAAUUGUAGACCUCAAGGGCAAGAUCAAGAAACCUCCUCUGAAGAAAGUGCGUAUGUCAGCUGAUGCUAUGCUUCAGGCUCUGCUCGGCUCCAAACACAAGGUGAACCUGGACCUGAGGGCCAACCUGAAACAAGUGAAGAAGGAGGUCAAGGAGGAGGAUAAGGAACUGCGUGAUGUUGGCGACUGGCGUAAGAGUAUUGAGGACAAGGCCGGCAUGGGUGGAAGGAAGAAGAUGUUUGAGACUGAGGCUUGAAUGCACUGACCAGACAUUUGUCCCUUAGUGACAUUAUAAAAAUAGUUCCCACUUUGCCAGUAGUAAUGCCACAACUGACUCCAUAUAUUUACACUAUUCACAGGUCAACUAUCCCAUUUUUUUAAAGCAAUCGUCUGUUCCCAUCUAUAACCAGCAUUGUGCUUUCACUACAAUCUCUUUGUAAAUGUGCUCAGAGAUGAUUAUUUACCAAAUAAAUGCACUAUGUUGAUGAAAUGUCA